ACAUUUAAUUGUAGUAUGAGAACGAAUCGCUUGACGUUGAUCUUUGUAUAGGUUAUGUUUAUUUACAUCAUGAAAGUACACACGUGCUGAACGUUAUUAUAGCUUAAGUGACCGUGUUUUAUCAAGAAAUAUGGCUUUAAGAAUGAAAAAGACAAGCUUGGCUGAUAAAAUAAACUCUUUAGUUAGUACAGCACCAACAAACUUUGAUUCUGAUGAUGAUGCCGAAGAUACAAGAGCCAAAGUAGUUGAUCGUGACGAUGAAAGUGACGAUUCCGUUAGCAAUUUUCAGGUUUCAGAAAUAAGAAAACAAAAUGUUGAUCUUCUGGAUCAAUUAGAUGAAAGGUAUAAGGGUAAAAAAAUUUCACGAAAGGAUGUAUAUUCUGAUGAUAAUAACUCAAUAAAUACAACAGAUUACGAUGAAGAGGAAUCAAAAGAAGAAGAAAUAGAAGAAGAUGAAAAUCUUAGAGCAGAUAUUGAAAAAGGCAAUUGCGUUAGAAAUCAAUUAAAAUUGUGGGAAAGUUUAUUAGAAGUUAGAAUCAAAUUACAAAAGUGUCUAGUUACAAGUAAUCAAAUGCCUCAACAUGAUAUUUAUACAAACUUCAAGGAAAAUAUAGAAUAUAUGAAAAAAGUUAAUGAAAGUAGAGAUGGAUUAAAAAUACUUUUAAAUAAUAUGUUGCAAUUACAAACUGUUCUUACAAAACAAUACCCAGAAACGGUAAAUUUGUCCUCACAAAAUAGGAAAAGAAAAGCAGAAGAAAAUAUAGACAGUGAAAUGAUAAAUUCUGAUGAUGCGAUGGAUGAAGAAAUUCUUUCAGAUACUGGAGAUGAAAAUGAUAUGGAUGACAAAUUGGUUUCAGAUGAAGAUAAAGAACAUAAUACUAAAAAUAUGUUCAAUGAGAAAUUAAAACUUAAUAAGUAUGAAAAGAUAAUAAAUGAAAGCCAUAAAUCUUACAUAGAUUAUAGAAAUUCUGUUAUACAAAAAUGGAAUGAAAAAACGAAAUUAGUUAGCGGCAAGUUGAACAAGGACACAAAUCAAACUACUUUGAAGCAAAUUGAGUUUGCAUUGAGCGAUAAAAACAAAUUACAGAAAAAAACGCAAUUAAAACGAUCAGAAUAUAAAAUUGUUGGAAAAGUAGAUUCAGUUGAAGAUGAUGAGGGUAGAAGAGUUCAAGAAUAUGAUCCUGAAAUUUAUGAUGAUGAUGAUUUUUAUCAUCAGCUAUUAAGAGAUUUAAUUGAACACAAAUCAGCAGAUGUCACAGAUCCUAUUCAACUCAGUAAACAAUGGAUACAAUUACAAAAUAUGAGAAGCAAAAUGAAGAGAAAAAUAGAUACUAGAGCAACCAAGGGCAGAAGAAUAAGGUACAAUGUACAUAAUAAAUUAGUCAAUUUUAUGGCUCCUAUCACUAUAAAUGAUACAUGGUCAGACCAAGCAAAAGAUGAAUUGUAUAAUUCUCUGUUCGGUAAAAUUAAAUCAACAGAUAAGUAUAUCGUUCAUUGAAGUAAUAAUUUACUAAUAAUUAGUAAAAUUAUUUAAUUUUGUACAUUCUAAUAAAGGCUAUUUUAUAAAAUGUAUGCAAAUUUAAUAAAAGCAAAAUGCCAAUAUUCUGUACAGUAGAAAUAAAUGAUAGCUUAUGUAUGUAUGAGAAA